AUGUCGCUCCUUUCCGCAGAAGUUCAGCAAACCGCUUGGAAUAAGACGACGCAACAGCCGUUACUGGUAACCAUCGAAGACUUAGAAGAUCAUUCGCCGGGAAUCUUGGCGUACAAUACGCUAUUUGAAGGUUUGGACGAUCGUCAAACACCCGAUUGCUGCUCUUACAACUCGAAAAGAGAUCCGUACCUCUUGGAGUCGGGUUUGCGUGAAGAGUUCAUGCUCAAAAAAUUCGACACACCCAUGUCAGGCAACUCCGAUUCUCAUAAUUGGUCUAUCGACGAUAUUUUGGCAGAAUGCACACCCGAGAAGACUUCGUUGUGGACUGGUGCUAUAAGUGAAGAAGAUCCGUUGUCGAGGGAAUUCGACGACUCUUCUUUCGAUAGCUCUCCAAGCUAUAACAAAUUGCAAUGUGAAUCUAACUUGAUCAACGGUCGCGAAUUUGGCACGAAUUUGAAUCCUAUACUAAAAGAUCAAUCUUUGCAAGCACCAGACAUCACCACAAAUCUUCGCGCUCACAAGCCAAAUGUGACGGUGAACACAAAACUACUGCGUAUCACCCCAAUAUCAUCACCUGUGGGAACAUUCGUUAAGCCUUUGAAAUCUGUGCCAAGCAGCAGAGUUUCCAAAGCCAAAAUCACCAAGCCCCGCAGCCACAGAAGUUCCAAGUUUAAUGUCAGCGCGAAAAGAGCGUCGCUUCAAAAACUAAUUGUCGAUUUGCAGUCUAAAAGCACCUACCAAUCAUGCGGCACAAACGGGUUUCUUGUUCGCAAGAGUGUUGCCAAGGAACUAAAAAUCGACGAUCAGUGCGUGACGCCCGUGCUCGAUUUCACUGGCACACUCUUCCCACAUGUUCGUCAGUAUCUUGCUGAACAAGCAGCACAUUUUCAGCCCUCCGGUCAAUUCAGAACAAUUUGGAACUAUCAUAGGGAGCAAAAUGGGGCUGAUAUUUCCUUGAGUUUAACUCCAUACAACGGGGAGAUUAACAAUGACGGUGAAAACUAUCAGUUCUCUGUGAUAUCCCGGAUUUUGCCCCAUGACUGCUUUGGAAAACCGCAGUUUGUCUCUAAAAAAAAGCCCAAUAAGGUUCAGGAAGAGCUGGACCGUGAAAAAAAAGCCGUUGAUGGAUCCAUGUACCAAUGGCGUCAUUUCAUCACCAGCUUCGAGUAUUUCAGACUCGUGUCGUUUAUGCUUGGGUCAAAUUAUGAUUAUAGUCUCAACGACAACCAGAUUGGGGAGACAAGAGGCAGCGACGGCAAGGUGAUUUCUCCGGAAAAGAGGCACGACAUGAGAACUCGAUCGCACGCGAAAAUCUAUUUUGAAGGGAAAGCGGUUAAGAGUGCUCACGAUUUGACCAGCGGUGAAACUGCAAACAAACGCAGGACAUUCAUUGUGGGAACUUUCGGCCAGAUUAUGGGAUACACUCAUAUGAAGCCGUUUGGCUCCGAUUCCUCUCUGUCAGUGAUGGAAUUCAAAUAUUUGGAGGAAGCGCUUUCGAAAGAAAUCAACUUCCAUUUAUUCCACGGACUUUAG